CCUUUGGCGCCUACAGUGGAUUAACGCGUAUGCUUCUCUGCAGCCCUGACAGAAUACCCCGAGGUGCUUCAGUACACCAGAACUAUAAGAACAAUCAGUGAAUCAAUCACUGUGUCACCGUUCACAGUACCGACACUAUACACAUCACCGUCACUCCCGCCACUGUAAUCCGCAACAUGGCUAAUGACGCCUUCAAUUUCUACGGCGACGGGUCGGACGACGCGAAGCCCGUUCAGAACGACUUGAAUGACGCGAACGGUAGUCCUAGUGGUGAGGACGACGACUAUAUCGAGGACGCUGCUCAAGCAGCUGAUGAUUCCGAUGAUGGCGACUUCAAGCUCGACGGCUAUGAAGAUCUCGGUAUCCAUGGAGACGAGGACGAGGAUGAGGUAGACGACUACUAUCCCGAGUAUGACGACAACAUGACCGGUCAGAAGCGCAAGCGCGUCCGAACCAACAACAUCUCCAAAACCAGAGGUCUCCAGCGGUCCGUUAUUGGUGUCCAAACUGGCGACGCUGAAGCUUUCAUAUUGGACGAAGACAACAGCUUCCUCUACAAGCAGCCUUUGCGCAAGCCCGGUACUUUCGGCCGCCAUGACCGUCGCAAGGGCGAGAGUCUUCCAGCUUAUCAUAAGCGUGUCACUCACGAGUUGGACUCUGAUGACGAACUCAUGAUGACGAUGCGUGAGAAGGGCUUCAGUGAUCGCCAGAUCGCCGACAAACUCGCCAAGGAUGGUCGUGUUCGCUACGACCAGAAGUCUAUCUCUACGCGCAUUAUGCGCAUUCGUCUUGCUCAAGCUGAGAACGUUGACUUCCUUCUGAAGGAAGGAUACAAGGAGUGGGAAUACGCUGAUGAUGAACUUCUGGUUCAAGCUUAUGCCCUUGCCGACAUCGAGGUCAACUACGAGCUGGAGCGCGUUCGCGCCUGGCGCUUCCGCAAAGUCUCCGAGUAUAUGCGUCGUCUGAACAAACAUGCUCUCUUCUCUGCCAAGGCCUGCCGCAACCGUUACAAUGAACUCAUCGAAGGCACAGCGCGCAUUCCUACCGAAGUGGACGAUGACCCCGACGCCCGCCGUAUGGAGAUGGAAGAGUUCCGCAUGAUGCGUGAGAAGACCCGUACCAAGGAGCAGAAGGAGAAGGACGCGCUGGAAGCUGCGGAAGCUAAGAUCAAGAAUGAUGCCAAGGUGCUCAACGCUCAGAAGGCAGAGGAGAUCGCCGAGAAGCGCCAAGCCAAAGAAGUAGCGAAGGCUCAUCGCGCCAUGACCCGUGCCGCUCAAGCCCAGAUCCGCCUUGCUCGAGCCAACGCGAAUAGGAUCUCGAAGUCUCAGCGCAACGCCCAGCUCAAAACCAAGACCAAGGCCCAGGAAGCAAAGAAGAACAAAGACGCCUCUCCAGCUGUGAUCAAGACCAAGAAAGCGGCCCCCAAGGACACUGAUCCGCGCUCUUACCUUUCUCUUUCCGAUCUGAAGAAGAUGUGUGAGAGUCGCGGUCUUGAUCUUCCGCAGAAGAUGAAAAAGGAUAAUCUUGUGCAGGCGCUUGUGGAUGCUGAUGGUGAGUACAAUCAGAACGACCUCAAGAAGAUGUGUCGCUCCAAGGGCUUGAACACCAACACCAGUAAGCUGGUAAUGAAACAGUCGCUGGCGUUGGCUUCUGCGAAGGCUUGUAGCUCGUACGAUGCAGGAGUCGCUGCUGCCACUAGCACUGCCAUUGCUACUGCUGAGGACGACGGUGACGAUGAAAUGGACAUGGAAAAGGAGUAAGUGGGGCCUGGGCGACUUCAUGGCAUUGAAUGUGGAGGAAGGUGGGAUUAGAAGUAGUUUGAUUCAUGCCACGGCGGAGUAUACAUGCAGUGCUUGAGCACGGUUGACGGGAUGUAUGCCUCAGGGUGGAAUGAUGAUUGGGAGUUCACGGCUAGAAAAAGAUACUUAUUCUUCAAGCAAUGAGAUCACC